AUAAACAUUGCAUUAUUGUUUUCAGUCUCUGGGGUGCAGUGUUCAAACUUUUCAGAGUAUUUUAAACGACUGUCUUCUUAACAGGUAUGCAGUGGCUCUCAUGUACCACACACUUCUUCUGGUACGUUGUUAACAUAUAACGCAUGAAUACUCAAGCAAACCAAAGACUGCUUAAGCAGUCAUCUAAUUCCUCGACUCUAUUCCUAUAUUAUGAUUAUUUACAUCAUGGCAGGAAGCAGCUUUGAAGUAACAUCAGUGUGUUUUAAAACACACACAAAAGCAAUGAAAUAACAGCAAGUCAUCAAGAUCUUCCCCGAAAGAUUUGCCUACCAAGCGGACAUCCUCUUUGUUCCCUAGCUAGUGGCGCGUACUACUGAUCAAGAGGCAUUCUUCUCUGCGUCUGGGUCAUUUUUAUGACCCACCUUUCGGAGUUUCAGCGACCACAACCGCGCGCACGAUUCGAGGGCAGCAAAGGGCCUCGUGCUUUGGGCACUUUGACUUUCGCGCCAGCCGGACUCGGCGGCGUCGCUUUGCCUCCCGUCCCCCGCCCCCAGCAACGGCUGUGAGGUGGGCGGCGGCGCAACAAUGUGGCGGAGAGGGUGUCCGGAGGCAGAAGGAUGGCUGCCGCCUCCACGGCCGCAGCAACCGGCGGCCCGGGGAAGCGAAAGAGCUCUUUCCCCGCCGGCGUGCCGGCGCUGUGGCUGGCGCUGGCGCUGGCUCUGGGCCACGGGGCCAGAAUGGCAUCUUGCUCUGCAGCACCCGAGAAGACAGCAGUUGCAGUAUCUUCACCAACAGAAAUCCAUGUGGAGUCUGGGAAAAUUGCAAGGCUUUCAUGCUGGUUCAGAACAUCAAUUAUGAUUAGUGCUGCUACAUCUGUUAGCUGGAGCUAUCAAGCACUGGGAUCAAACAGUCGUCCCAUAACUGUGUUAUUGGAAGAUCUCUAUCCCACUAGUAGCACGCAAGCUGGCUCUUCUCCUCCCAGGCAUGUGGAAUCACUGGAUAAAUGCAAACCUUUAUGUCUUUGUAUACGUGUCUGAGAUGAGGGAUGUUUCAGUCAAAACCAUAUCUCCUCUUGAAUCUACUGUCUUAGGCUGUGCAUAGUACCUGAGAGUAAGCUCCAUUGAACCCUGUGGGAUUUGUAAUGGAAAGGGGAGGCUAGGGGAACCUGCUUAUACCCUUUCUUGCACAGCUGCCUUGCCAGAAAGACCUGUUGUGAAUUAAACUAUGCAGUAACAAUGCCACCAUACCCACAAUUAAUCCCAAUAACCCCCAGGCAGGAUGAAGUCUUGGAGGUCAAAGCAAUUUCCUCCAGUGUUAUGCUGAGAUGACACACCUUGAACUUUUCAGCCAGAUGCCUCUCAGUAUAUCCAGAAAAAGCAGAAGUAGCACCCAUGGGUUUAGUGCAACCUGCUCUUUCUCUCAUAAAAAUGCCACUCUUUCAAACCCAGACAAAAAUAAAGGCUUGCGUGUCAGGUGGCUGCAUCUGAGUGUCCUGCUCUCUGUAACUACUGGAAAUCAUGUGUAUUUCUCCACAGUGUUGGAAAUAUAUCCACUCAGUGUUAUGAAGGAGUAUGAAGAUUAAAGGGAUAUAUGCAAAGUUAC